AUGCCCAGAGCCCGUGAAGCUCCAGCAUCGAAACCAACGCGGUUAGCUUGCGAGACGUGCUCCCAACGUAAGGUCAAAUGCGACAAAAGGGCCCCUUGCUCCAACUGCCAUCGAAGCGGCGCGCAGUGUGUCCCGGUAGAACGAAAGCGUCUGCCUCGAGGCCGACAGAAAGUAGUAUCUAAAGAGGAGGUACCUACGAACAACAGCGUUGACCUGACGGAUCGACCGAGAAACAUCUCGGGUGGUAGUACUUCCCAGGUAGCCGAGAGCCAGCGACCGGAUUUUGGGUUCAACAGUCCUGCACAUUCGGCUUUUGGCCUAUGUGAGUCGGCAGCUCCGACACCUCAGGGUAAUGAUGCCAGGCCCGUUAUAACCCGUAGCUCAAACGGCGUUGCAGCACCUGGUGGUGAUGACCCUAACGAUACUGGCGCCACGGAACGGCAUCUGGGGGGGUUCUCUUGGACAGAUAUCAUCGCCGAGAAUGAUAUGCCUCCACAUAAAGUGGUGACCCCGAAUUACCCCCCAGAUUCCCUGCUUCUGGGUUUUAAUGCCCCCGCCAAUCCAGAUGGGCUCAGAGCUACCCCAGCCACAGCAGAGAUACGCAAGCAACUUUGCAAGAUAUACUUGAAUCAAGUAGACCCCGUAUUCAAGGUUCUUCAUGGACCUUCGCUACGAGAACAUCUUCUUGGAGGAAAGAGGUAUCUCAAUUACAGUCCUGGGCAUCCUGCUGUUGACGCCCUGGUCUCUGCCGUGUAUUAUGCUGCCGCCAACAGUCUCAGUGAAGCACAUUGUCUCUCUUUAUUCGGGGCUAGCCACGCAGCAGUCGUCACAAGCUACCGCACAGCAUGUGAGGCAUCGCUGGGCCAUGCUGGUCUUGUCACCACAGAAGAUUUGACUGUGUUGCAAGCCUUCAUAAUCUUCCUUGUCACUAUGCGUUCACGCGACCAAAGUCGCCGGGCCUGGACUCUUCUGAGCAUGGCUGUAAGAAUUGCCCAAGCACUCUCGCUCCAUCUCGAGAACCCCCCCUAUGCCGUACAGCCUUUUGAACAGGAAAUUCGUCGACGCGUAUGGUUUGCUAUCGGUUUGCUUGAUAUUCACGCAUCUCUUGAUCGAGCGGCCGAGCCUAUGAUUCCUGCUGCGUGGCUGCAGUCCCGCUUACCUGCCAAUGUCAAUGACAACGAUUUAUGGCUUGGCUUCGAAGGAUGUCUGCAGGAUUCAGCAAAAUUUACUGAUAUGACCUUCACGGUAAUGACCUGUACAGCUCAGUUCGUUGCAAGGAUGUUAAAUUUUCCACCGACAGCUGAAGCUGGAGCAACUGACUGGAAUGUCAGACAGUGUCACGUUGAUUCUUUCCGAAAAAGGGCAGCAAUACUUCUUCAACAAUGCGAAUCUGAUAAAAUACCAUUCCAUUGGUAUGCCAAACAUGUUGGAACAUGUAUCUCAGCGAGUUUGCAGCUCCUUGCUUUUCGACCAUUGCGACGCCUACCAAAUAGCACCGCUCCUCGAGUCAGACCUCACAGCCUUCUCAAGCUAUCCGUUGAAGUGUUAAAACAAGCUCAAAAUCUGAUCCAGGACUACCGCGGACAUCCUUGGUGCUGGUUUGAAGGUAUUUUUGUUCAAUGGCAUGCUCUUGCGGUGGCCAUUACUGAGAUAUCAAUUUGCGAAGACAUGGCAUUAACGGAGAGUUGCUGGCCCACUGUCGAGCUUGCAUUUGACCAACUCAGUUCUCUGGUGGCUGAUUCUCGGCAAGGAAUUAUUUGGACGCCGGUAGAAAAACUUAUGAGAAAAGCACGAGAAAAGGUAAGGACUAGUCGCCUCAAUAUUUAUGCUAUUGGGGGGCAGGCAGCAGAUGUAAACACAACUCAUUUGAUUCGCGGGGUUUCCGCAGAUGUACAUCCACAUUUUCAGCCUCUGCCUUCUGGCGGCAGUCAAAUUACGGAUGUGGCAAUUGAACCAGUGGGGAACCUGAAUCUAGCACAACUCAUAGACAAUCCCAGUGCGUGGCCAGAUGUCUGGGAAGGAGUGGACUUGUCAGAUGGCAGCCUCCAUUCUAUUUCUGACAUGGCAUGGGCCGAUUGGGAGAGUCUGGCGGACAACUUCAACGGUGGUGAUGAGGCGAUGAAUAUGUUCCCAUCAUAUGGAUAUUUAGCUUGA